ACAGUCAACAGCCAACAACCAAGAGACAAGAGACAAGUUCAGCAGAAACUUUAAUAUGCUUGUCGGCACUUAGCAUAGACUUUUUAUAUACCGCUGCAUAAGCGAGUUCCGCAUUAGUUUCCAAAGACACGCGUAGCUAAACGAGUUCUGGAGUUGCAACUUCAGCUUGAGAAUACAAAACUGUUAAACGAAGCUUGAGUAUAAUUUUAGUCAGACAAAAAUAAAAAUACAAAAAAAAGGUAACUGAAAGCGAAACUUAAAUUUAAAAAAAGAAGUGAAGAAGAUGCUGAGUAAUUUCGACGCGUAAACGCGUGUGUGUGUUAAUGUCAUUAGUAAGCCCAUUGCAUUCCGUGUGACAAUAACAGAGAAGAAACGAAAUUAUAGAAAAUUACCCUACGCUUCCGCCGCAUAAUAGAGCGAAAUUACAAGAAAGUGAGAGAAAAUCGCUUUGUUUGCAAAACAAUUGCGCACUUCGAAGAUACAUAUAUGAGUACUUAACCGAAAAAUACGCUUAUAUAUUAUCUUAUGCAUACGGUGUGACAAAGUGAAACCACAAUUUGGCAAUUCAACGAAAAAGCUCAAUGCCAAGCAAAGAAAAAAAAAUUAAAUAAAAAUACGCUACGAAAAUUGCGCAAAAGUCUCUAAAAAAUUAACAGCGUAAAAUGCAAAAUAAAUGAAUAAAAAUUACAAAAAUAACAUAAACAAAGUAAAAUACAUUUGUACAUACGUCAGAAGUGCUAAAAACCAAAAGAACCCACAAAUAUUAUAAAAAGCAACACAACCUCUUAGUACCAUACAUACGUACGUGAGCAUUGAGCAAACCGCCCAAAUGACCGGCUAAACAAAAAGAAUCUCAUUUCAGCAAGUUUAACCAUUUAGCUUGUUACGCUCCAACAGUCAAGUGCAUGCGCUUGGAGAACAAUAACACAACACAACACAACACAACAUACAUAUUUACAUACGCAGAGACAUUUGUAAUUGAAAUUUUUACACGCCACUUGCGGGUCAAAUACUAAAGUGCCUCCAAAUACACACGUACUUACAAAUAUACUUAAAUAAAAAGAACUAUAAUUACUAAUAAAUACCAUAUAAACUAUACAAUCGCCAUGUCGGACAUGCCAAGUAUCAGCGAUGCACAGGAAACUGCCUUGAAACAGUUCCGCAAAAGUGUUUCAGAUGUGAUCAAUGAAACCCAUGAUGACUACUUUCUACUACGCUGGCUACGUGCACGAAAAUGGAACCCAGAUGCUGCCGAGGAAAUGUUGCGUGCGAGUCUGAAGACACGCGCCAUGUGGAAUGUGGACAACAUGGAGAAGUGGGAUGUGCCUCGCGCGCUCAGAGAAUAUCUGCCUUAUGGGCAUAUUGGCUAUGACAAUGAAGGAUCACCAAUUAUUGUGUGCCCAUUCUAUAACUUUGAUAUUUGGGGCAUGCUACACUGCGUCACACGCUUCGAUUUCCAACGCUAUUUGGUGCUGUUGCUGGAGCGCUUUAUGCAAGCUGGCUAUGAGCAAAGUAAAACACAUGGUCCACAAGCUCGACAGCUCGUUGUCUUCUUCGAUAUGGCCAAUUUCAAUUUGAAACAAUAUGCGUGGCGUCCGGCAGCCGAGUGUGUUCUAUCGACGGUGAAGCAAUACGAAAGCAACUAUCCGGAAUUGCUGAAAAUGUGCUAUAUAAUCAAUGCACCCAAACUGUUCUCGGUCGCUUUCAAUUUCGUCAAAAAGUUCCUGGAUGAAUACACAAUGAGUAAAAUAAAAAUCUACAAGUCCGGUUCAGAUAAGUGGAGGGAACCGCUGUUCUCUCAUGUCGAUCCAAAUAUAUUUCCAAAAUGUUUUGGUGGCAAUUAUGUCGAUGAAAAUGGUGAUCCAGAAUGCAAAUCAAAGAUUAUUUGGGGAGGAAAAAUUCCGCAAGACAUGUUUGUCGAGCAAAGCAAUGAAGACAAUGAUAAAGACUACACUGAGACUACAAUAAAUAAGGGCAACAAGCUAAAACUGGACUUUUUUGUGGAUGAAAAGAAACAGGAGAACCUAGUGCUGUCAUGGGACUUUCGCACCUUCGACUACGACAUCAAAUUCGGUAUAUACAGCAUUGACAAGAUGUCCGGUGAAAAGCGGAGCGAAGUGGCGCUUGGCACUGUCUACUCCAAUGAAAUGGACGAAGUGGGCUUCAUCUCCACGCGACCCAAUACGACAUAUACUGUUGUCUUCGACAAUUCGCACAGUUACUUGCGCAGCAAACGUCUACGCUAUUGGGUGAACUUGAUCUCCGAGGUUGACGACAUUACCGAACUCUCAGCGCAAGUGCAAGACACCGAUAUUGUAGAGAAGAAUGGCGUUUAAGGUGUGGGGAGUGAGGAAAAAGUAGACGAACAUUGAGAACGCAGAGUCGGCAGGAAUGUGAUAAG